AGAAAUAAGCUACAUACCGUUAGUGUUACAACUGAUCAACAUAGAUAGAAACUUAGUGCAGCUAUUUAUUCCUUAAAAUAAUGUCUGAUUAUUACUCUGAAGAACGCUCUCGAGCACGUGGUUAUACAGAAUCUGGUUCACAUCGAUCGGAAAAGUCGUAUAGCUCGCGGGAUGAAAGUCGAUCGAGAGAUCAUUAUCGUGAAUCGUCAUCGUCAAGUGGUCGCGACAGAUCCGACCGGUAUAGCAGUCAUGGAGGAGAACGUUCCCGUGCACGCGGAUACACAGAAACAGGCUCGUUCCGCGAUGAACAUGGAAGCUCUGGGUCCCGACAUGGUUCGCGAGAAGACGGCCGACCGAAAGAUUCACGCCGUGAUUCGUCGUCGAUGGGAGGUCGUGAAAAACACGAAAAUGGUAAAGGAGGUGAGCGCCGGCGUCGCCGUGGUGGUGCUGAUGUUCUUCGUACACGCGCUUUGGACGCUCCAUCGAAGCAUGGAACUACUGGACAACCCCUGCAGUUGAACAGUAACUACUUCAAGCUACUGAAACGGAUCGAGUGGACGUUGUACCAAUAUCGGGUGGACUUCUCGCCGCAAUGUGCCAGCAUUCGACUCAUGCAGGGGCUGAUCAAUGAGCACAAGAAGGUAUUCGGGGGUUUCUUGUUCGAUGGUACUCAAUUAUUUAUGGUCCACAAGCUACGAAGUGAUCAACUGACAUUGCAAUCUAGACAUGAUCGUACAGGAGAUGUUUAUCAACUUCGCAUUGUUCACACGGGUUCGGUUGAUAUGACCAACGAAGCCGGUAUCCAGGUGCUGAAUUUGAUCCUCCGUCGUGCCAUGGCUGGUUUGGAUCUUCAGCUAGUCGGACGUAAUUUGUUUGACGCAGCUGCUAAAAUCGCGGUACGAGAGUACCAGAUCGAACUUUGGCCCGGUUACAUUACCAGUAUCCGCCAGCACGAGCAGGACAUUCUUGUCUGUUGUGAAAUCGCUCACAAAACUAUGCGAAUGCAAACCUGCUACGAUAUCUUGCGAGAUUGUCAGAAGCAUGAUCGCAACUACAAGGAAGCGUUCAAGCGCGCAGUGUUGGGUGUCGUUGUGCUGACUGGUUACAACAACAAGACCUACACCAUUCAUGAUGUUACGUUCGAAACUACUCCGGAGAGUACAUUCGAUACCAAGUCUGGUAAAACAUCAUUCAUUGAGUACUACAAACAAAAGUACAACAUUCGCAUCAGAGAUCCUCAUCAGCCGAUGUUGCUUUCACGUGCCAAGAAACGUGAAAUUCGGGCUGGAGGCAGUGAGCUUAUGGCUCUCGUUCCAGAACUAUGCCAAAUGACGGGGUUGACCGAUCAAAUGAGAACUGAUUUCAGAAUGAUGCGUGCAAUGGCUGAUCACACUCGUCUGAACCCAGAUCGACGAAUCGAACGUUUGGAAACAUUUAACCGUCGGUUGCAAACAUCACCGGAAAGUACGGAAGUCUUCAAGACUUGGCAAAUGGAGCUUGAUCGGCGACUGAUCGAUGUCCCUGGACGACUGUUGCCGCAGGAAAUGAUCUUCUUCUCAACCACGGCUAAUGGAGUACAAUCGGGUGAGAUGGCUGACUGGACGGCUCAUUUCCGUAACAACCCCAUGUUUGCCACGGUGCGACUUACUCGCUGGUACCUGAUUGUACCGAAUCGAGCUUCUCGUGAAGCCAACGACUUCUUGGGAUGCAUGAUCCAAGCCGCACGUGGUAUGCGAUUCGAAAUUAGUAACUGCGAAAUCGUCACCAUUGCGGAUGACAACCCUGGCACCUACGUACGGACCCUGGAUAAUCUGCUGAACAAAGAUCCUCAGCUGGUGAUGUGCGUGGUGACCAACAAUAAGGCCGAUCGGUACACUGCCAUAAAGAAGAAAUGUUGCAUCGAUAGGUCCAUUCCGGCGCAGGUCAUGGUUCAGAAGACAAUCACACCGAAGGGAGGUAAUGUUAGAACACUCAUGUCCGUCGCCACUAAGGUGGUCAUCCAGAUGAAUUGCAAACUUGGUGGUGUCCCCUGGAAGGUUAAAAUCCCAUUGAACGGUCUAAUGACAAUUGGAUUCGACGUUUGUCAUGAUGGAAAGGAUAGGUCAAAGUCCUACGGAGCUAUGGUAGCCACGUUUGAUCACGAUAACAAAGGUACGCCGAAGUUCUUCUCUACUGUGAGUCAGCAUACGCACGGUGAAGAGAUUUCCAAUUACCUUCCAAUCAACACUGUGAAGGCAUUGAAUGAAUAUCGCAAGGAGUACGGAGAGUUGCCCAAGCGGAUCAUCUUCUACAGAGACGGUGUUGGUGAGGGUCAGUUGAACUAUGUGUACGAACACGAGGUCAAAUCCAUAGUGGAAAAGCUGAAUCAUAUUUAUAAAUCUGCUGGGCUGGAGCAUGAAGUUAUGCUCAGUUUCUUCAUUGUGAAUAAGCGAAUCAAUACGCGUUUCUUCGAUCAUCGACAAAAUCCCAGACCCGGUACUGUAGUCGAUGAUGUUGUCACACUCCCUGAAAGAACUGAUUUCUACCUCGUAUCACAGUCGGUCCGACAGGGCACGGUUUCACCGACGGCUUACAACGUUAUCUACGACACGUCCGGGCUGAAGAUCGAUCACUUGCAGAUGCUGUCGUACAAGCAGUGCCACUUGUACUACAACUGGUCCGGCACUACCCGAGUGCCAGCGGUGUGCCAGUAUGCACACAAACUGUCUUUCCUGGUAGCGCAGUUCCUUCACCAGCCGCCAAGCAAUUUGCUGGAGAAGAAGCUCUACUUCUUGUAAACGACUGGACGCAUUCGCUUUUGAAAUACUAGUAGUGGAACAGUGUAUUAUCUGACUAAAUAAAUAUACAUUCUCAUAACAAUUUAUGAAACA